GCCUUUCGUCGCGUCGCGUGACAGACGUUGCAGAAGAGACAUAUUUAUACAGAGAAAGAGAGAAUAGUGUGAAAGAAGAAGAAGGGGGAAGAGGGUUUCUUCUUUUUUCUGGGGAAAAAUGUGAAAAAGGCGCUCAUUUUGAUCUCUUGUGAACCGACUCAUCAGCUGCUGUUUUGUCAGAAUUCCCCUAUUUUCAUAUAAAACCGUCAUCCCCUUCUUUAUUUCUCUUCAAUUUUACCAUAUCUGCAUAUACCAUUGUUGUUCUUCAUUAUAAAACCCUUUCUCUUUGCCAAAAUUCUUGAAACAGUUCUUGGUCUAUCUCUCCUUUGUCCCUUAUUUCUCAUCAAUUUUCGUUUAACGCAGCAACCCUUUUGUUUUCUUGGCUGUGUCUGAAAAACCCUUGUGAUAAUGUCUAGGAAUUUUCCAUAGUUGGUGAGAUCUUAGGCAUCUUUGCGAUAUGGGCGAUCUUCGAAUUGCAGACGGAUUAGCCUUGGAAGAUCGCCCACCCACACCAUCUUCGACAAUCUGGGAUGUUGCUGAAGAAACAACUCUGGAGAUCUUACGCUGUAUUCGUCCUACUCUUGACUCUGAAGAGAAGAGGAGAGAUGUAAUCGAUUACGUCCAGAGGCUGAUUAGAAAUUCUCUUGGACAUGAGGUGUUCCCAUAUGGAUCAGUUCCUUUGAAGACCUACCUUCCAGAUGGUGACAUUGAUUUAACUGUCAUUUGCAAUCCUGGUGCUGAGGACACUUUGUCACACGAAGUGCAUGCAAUUCUUCUGGCGGAACAAGAUAAUGAAAAAGCCGAGUACAAAGUGAAGGCUAUACAGUUUAUUGAUGCUGAGGUUAAGCUCGUGAAAUGCCUCGUGCAAAAUAUUGUUAUUGAUAUUUCCUUCAACCAAUUAGGCGGUCUUUGCACACUAUGUUUUCUGGAGGAGGUAGAUCAAGUUGUAGGCAAGGACCAUCUGUUCAAACAGAGUGUUGUUCUGAUAAAAUCAUGGUGUUAUUAUGAAAGCCGUAUUCUUGGUGCUCAUCAUGGAUUGAUUUCAACUUAUGCGCUGGAGACGUUGGUCCUUUAUAUCUUCCAUAUGUUUCAUGGAUCCUUAAACAGACCUUUUGAGGUUCUUUAUCAGUUUUUGGACUACUUCAGCAAGUUUGAUUGGGAUAACUUUGGAGUGAGUUUGAAAGGGCCUGUAUUGAAAUCAGCAUUUCCUAGUAUAGUUGUUGAGAAACCUGAAAACUGGGGAGAGGACUUAAUGAUUAGGAACGAUUUCUUUAGGGAAUGUAUGGAUGUAUUCUCAGUUCCAUCAAAGUCUAAUGACGCUAAUUUGAAAGUAUUUCCGUCAAAGUACCUUAAUAUUGUGGACCCGCUUAAAGAAAACAACAAUCUUGGACGGAGCGUCAAUCUAGGUAACUUUCGUCGUAUACGAAGUGCCUUCAAGUUGGGAGCACGCAGGCUCGGUACCAUCCUCAUCUCUCCAAACAAUGAAGCUGGAGAAGAGAUCAAGAAGUUCUUUGGGAACACGCUAGAACGUCAUGGAGACAAAUUCUUCCCGUUUCCAACUUCUCUUUCUGGAUCAUUAACCGACGAAACCUUGAGUGGAGACUUAAGCGAUUAUGAAUUGGAGAAAGAUGCAGGGAAAAUUAGUUGUACAAUUUCUGGAUUUUAUUUACCUGGUGGAGAUACGACCUGGAGAAUUUCAAGUAGCAACACAUCGGAUUGUUCUAUAUCGAGUUUGGACUUGAGCCGAGCUCCUCAUUCAUCAUCCUAUUUCUCUGGAUCUUCUGCUGAAAAUGGGAAGUCGUCUAAUAAUAGUGCGUUAUCCGAAGGAAAAUCAUCAUCAGUCUGUUCUAAUGACAAUCUGGUAUCGAUAAUGCCAUACAGCGAUGAAAAUGACGACGAUGAUCGUUCUACAGAUUCUGGAAUAUCCGAUGAUAUGAGUUCGAUACUCUCAGAGUGUUUGAUUCUCGAUUUUAGAGAAACGAAUUCGGAUGAUGAUUAUGUGUCAAGAGAGGAUCUAGAAACUCUGAAUCCUUUGGCCGAUCUGAGUGGAGAUUUUGAUAGUCAAAUAAGGAAUCUCUUAUGGGGUAAGCGAUGCCUUGGAACUGGAAUUCAUCCUCCUUAUCAUGCACCGACGAAGAAUCAAUCUUUUACAUGCAACCUGAAUAUAUUCCCUUGUUCUGAGACAAGUAAUCAGCCAAUGAAGUUUAUCUAUGUUUUUGAAGAAAAUAAAAAACAGAAGGGUACUGAGCCUUUCCAUCCUAAUUUGAAUGGAUUUUCAUAUAGAGACAGAUCGGCCGGAAGGUUGAGCUGGAGGAAUCCUAGAAGCAAUAGCUUUGGAAAUCAAAGGCAAUUCAAGAGGCGGCAAUAUUGGCCUGAGAAGAACUCGACUUCUUCUGUACUAGUGACUGAGAAGACAAAAUCUGAAGAAUCACAUGUCAUCAAUGGUGAUGUUUGUAAUACUACUAUUCCAGUUAACAUUAUAUUUGGAUCGCUAGGAAAAUUUCAUUUUCCAAUGGAUGAUGGCUCAAACAGCUCUGAACUGAAGAAUCAGAAGGAAGCAGCAACAGGAUUGGAUGUUGAUAAGCAAGUGUAUGAUUUUGAAACCUUGCCUGAUAGAGUAUGUAGUUUUCUGAGCUAAUUUUAUUGGUUUGGGAAUUUUCAGGGAAAUGGAAGGAUCAUAUUUGCUAAAGAAGGAAGAUUUCCCCCCUCUGAUGUCCAACUGAAGGAGAAAGAUUAAGAGAGUUGAAAGGGGAUCUGAUCACUGUACAAGAUUCUAGUUUACAUUGCAAUAGCAAAGGAGGAUAAAUUUCUUUGGGUUUUCUUCACCACUUUCUUUACUUCUUUUUUUUCUUGGAUUGGGGCUUUUACAAUUAAAACGGUUUCUUUCUUUCUUUAGAGGAGAGAUUAAGUUGAGGAUUCCCGCUUCUUAUUUUUAUUGGAAGAAAAAAAAAGUGACUAAAGAACUCUGUACAUUCUCAAGUCUCUUAUGUAUUGCCCCCAUUUAUCUGGGGAAAACGACCAGAUCCUGAAUGUUUUGUUUCACAAAGAGCAGUAGCUACUUAAGUGUAGCUCUUCCUUGGUUCAAAUCAGUUACUUUCUCUA